CAGUUCUUUCUGUGUCGAUCUUAUCGGCAGCCGGAGUGAUGAGUUCGGUGGUUGUGCUGCAGUGUGUUCUUGCAAUACAAAUUUCAUGGACAUAUCUGCGAUUUUUCAAUCCGCAUGAGACAGAUUCAAUUUACGGCGACAGUAGCGACCACUUUGUUUGGGCAAGUCUGUUUCCAAGAAUUUUGCGGCCAUUCUGCACUAUUCUUGGGAGGAUCUGCUUCAGAAGUCUUGUCAAAUUAGGAGUCUGUAAGAGAUCGGUUCGUCAUGUUGAUCUCAAUUCGCUACAGAGUGUGGGUAUAAGCUUGCGUAGCCUAGAUAGCACUGCGAGGGAUGCCGAGCGAAGAAGUCCUUUUGAAUUUUACGAGAUCCUGCUCUCUAUUAUCAUUCUUAGGCAAAAAGCUCUUCGGGAUCUGAAUGAGCGUCUUCACAAAACGAAGAAAAUGGAAACCAUAGCAUGGGAAGAAGACUUGGAAGACGAAAAGGACGUGACUGUGGACUCUGAGGGCACGCAAAAUGCUGCACAGGUAUAAUC